GUGACCCUAAGCUAAAACCAGAAAAUCGGACUCUGGUCCAGGAUAUGACUCCACAGCAUUCCUUUGCUGCAGGGAGAUCCGGGACUGGGUCGCCGGUGUGUUCACCGCGACUGCCCGCUCGGUAAACAGCCUUCUUGCGACAGCCUCUGCUCGCGAAGCCUCGCCGCCUCCCAGGCUCUGCAAGCGCUUUGCAUCAUAGGAGGUCACGGUGGCUCGCCGUCCGCCUCGGGUGCCCAGGAACCUGCCGCCGUCCGAGCACACCCCAGGGCGUGUCUUGGGACCGGAGAGCACCUCGGCGGGAGUGUCAGGGGCGUGGAGGGAAGUGCGGGCAUUGGGACGGGAGGCCCCGCACGCCCGCGAGGGCGGGGAGAGCCGGCCAGGGGUGGGGAGGGCGGGCUGGCGGCGCUGCCUGGGCCCGGCCGGGCGCUCGCACCUGCCGGGUGGCUGCAGCAGUCGGCGCUCGACGCGGGCAGCGGAAGACUCCGGGGCGCUCGGGGCAGGUGCCAGAGAACACAAUGGCGAACUUUAAGGGCCAUGCUCUCCCAGGGAGUUUCUUCUUGAUAGUUGGGCUGUGGUGGUCAGUAAAGUACCCGCUGAUAUACUUUCACCAGAAGGGGAAAAGCAGCCAACUGACUCGUUACCAACAGCGUCUCGAGAUCAUUGAAGCCGCAAUCAGAACCUUGUUUUCAGUCAUUGGGAUCCUGGCGGAGCAGUUUGUUCCCGACGGGCCCCACCUCCACCUGUACCACGAAAGCGAGUGGGUGAAGUUAAUGAACUGGCAGCACAGCACCAUGUACUUAUUCUUCGCGGUCUCAGGGAUCGUGGAUCUGCUCACCUGCCUCGUCAGCCAUGUCCCCCUGGGGCUGGACAGACUGGUUAUGGCCGUGGCGACAUUCACCGAAGGUUUUCUCUUCUACUACCACGUCCAUAACCGCCCACCCCUGGACCAGCACAUCCACUCGCUCCUGCUGUGCGCCGUGUUCGGAGGGGCCUUCAGCAUCUUCGUAGAGGUGAUCCUCAGGGACAAUAUCGUGCUGCAGCUCUUCCGAACCAGUCUCGUUAUUCUUCAGGGCACCUGGUUCUGGCAGAUCGGGUUUGUGCUGUUCCCACCUUUUGGAGGACCUGAAUGGGACCAGAAAGAUCACGCAAACCUCAUGUUCAUCACCAUGUGCUUCUGCUGGCACUACUUGGCUGCCCUCUGCAUUGUGGCCAUCGGCUACUCGCUCGUUUUCUGCCAUUUGACCCGGUUAAAAAGGCCUGGAGGAGAAAUCAUUGGCAUUCAGAAGCUGAAGUCAGAUCACACUUACCAGACAGCCCUCUUGAGUGGCUCGGAUGAGGAAUGAGAGGCCACCCGUCACCAGUGCGGGGUGGAUGUGCCCCUCUGAGUACAACAUGCCAGAGUGUGCAAAGAGGUAGCUCAUCUCCCUUCCAGUGCCUGCUGUGGUCUGCUCUGAAGGGUUUAUAUAUUGGCACCUUCUCAUUAAACUAAGGUUUCUGUGGCUAUGGUAUCCUUCAUAGAGAAAAAUGAAGCAACAAGCCCUUAUUUACGUUCCUGUAUGAAGGGAAAUCAAAGACUCUGAAAGUUUCAGAAUAGGAUGUGGCCUCAUGGAUGAAUGCAGGAUAUGAAUCCAGCAGAAAAUACUGCUUUUGAUAAAUUAUUCCUUUUUCUCUCAAGAAAACAGGUACUUUCUUAGAGAAAUUAAGUAAACAAGACUGCCUUUAUUUUAAAGAUGCAAUUCUAGCACAUAUAUUUUUUUUAAAGUAAAAAUUCACAAGCUUGGUACUUUAAAUAUUACUUGUCAAACAUUUCCUAAUUAACCAUUAAUACUCCAGAAUACUGCAUACUAUUGAUAAGUGAUGAUGCUG